GCAAUCCAUCUUGAAACCUGUGUAUUAUGCAUUUCAUGGCUUUCUUCUCGUCUGGAACUGUACCGGACAUUGCGCAUCCUGCUUCUCGUUAUUCAAAAGCGAGUUAAUAAGUGAGUGUAACAUUCGCCUUAUGCUGUUGCCAUUUCCCCGUUUUUUUGGUGUCAAUGUCGCAAAUGAGGUAGGUAGACAACACCACGGAGAGACCGGACUAUCUCUCAGAACAGAACUCAUCCACUUUCUCCAGUGGUGGGACGUCGAGUGGAGUGACGAGGAAUUUCUCUCCUGGUCUGCCCACGUUACUACUUAUUAAACACGAUAUUCAUAUUUGGUAAAAUAGUGGUAGUGCCCAGAAGAAUGGCUGAUGGUGAAAUGAAGCAGCCAGAACCAAGUUGACACUUUUUUUUACAAAAGAACGAUCAUGGCGGCGUCGUCCUCCAUGGUGGGGAUGAAGGAAUGGUCGGAAACACUAGUGCGAGAGCUUAAUCAAGAAAUUCAUGGACUUAGAGCAGAAAACUCGGAACUGAAAUUUCACUUAUAUCUUCAUUUUCCUGAACUCGUCGUGAAAGGGAAAGGUCGAGCCCUUCCGGCGUCAGAGUACAGCUCACGGGGACCAAUUAUAAACCAUUACCGUCCCGAGACGAGGGACGUCGCAACCUCCACAUCGCCCAGUAAAGGUCGAUCGUCGGAUUGCAGUCAGUGUAAAAAAGCUGCCGCAUCCGCAAAAAGAAAUGAAUCAGAGCAGCGGAUUCACCUCCACGAGUUGGAGAAAGCGGAAAAGCUCAUCUCAAAACUGAAAUGGAUACAGGUGAACCAAGAGGAAAAGUUAGUUUUGCAGAGAAUGAAGGUGCAAGAAUUGCAGAAGGAGAUCCAGCACUUAAAAUCGAACGGACUCGAGAUAUUCUCCCUCCAGAUCCACCCACCCUUAUCCUCGAGCAGUAGUUCUAGUACACCACCCACCCCAGCAGCGUCAAGCGAGAUGAUGCUGCCUGGUCGGCAUACUGGAGGGACUGACAAUUCCACCCCCACCAACACUCCGCCCACUCGACGGAGACACAACUCUUCUUCCUCGCUAACUCAACGGCGAUCAUCGUCAUCCUCUCAUCACGUCCCGUCCGCUUUGCCGGACGAUUACAAAGAAUCCGUCGCCACCCUUCCACCCAUCGGAGUGCAAGAUUUGCUCACAAAAUUGACCACGAUCUCGUUGCGGGAUUCCAAAUUGCCACGUUUCAAGGCGCCGCCACUCCCGAUUCCAGGAUCGACUAAUGUCACACCGGCGACUUUAGUUUCUAGCAAAAAAAAUAAUAAUGAUUUGCAUAGCCACCCUCCUUCAAAUUCCAUGCAACCUUUGAAGGCAGGCUUGUUCAGACACGAGUCGCAUGUCACGUAACUCAAUGCUAAUUUAAGAAUUGAUCCAGAAAUUUUCCAAUAAAUUUGUUAAUUGCUGAUUUUCCAAGGUA